AUGAAGGUCACCGCAUCCAUCAUUGCUGUUGCAGCUCUCGCUUCCAGCGCCUCUGCUGGUGUUGCCAGCUCCUGGGCCGACUGGUCGAGCACAACCACCACCACUACGACCACCACGACCACCACCAAGGUCCCCGUCGCGGCCGAAACCACCCACACGUGGGCUGACUGGACUUCGACCACCACCGCGACCACGACCACCACCAAGGUCCCCGUUGCGCCUGAGAGCACCCACACCUGGGGCGACUGGACCACCAGCUCUGCUCCUGUUUCCUAUACCACGACCGUUGUAGGUGCCAUCACGACCUACUGCCCAUAUGCUACCAAAUUCACGCACGCUGGCAAGACCUACGAAGUCACUUCUGCCACGACCCUUACUAUCACUGAUUGCCCGUGCACCAUUUCUGUUCCUGCUGAUACAAGCAGUUCCGUCGCCGCCGAAUCCACCGGCACCUGGGGUGACUGGUCCUCGGUCCCGGUCGAGGUCAGCACCUCUACCCCCGUUGCCGCGGCCACCACCUCCAGCGCCGCCUGGUCCAGCUAUGCGCCAUCCAGCGUUGCCCCCGCUGUUGCCACCUACACUGGUGCUGCCAACGCCCUCGUUGCUAACGUCGGUGCUGGUCUUGCUGGUGUUGGUGCCAUCGCCGCUUUCCUCCUGUAA